UUUCAUUAGACUGGUCACGUGACUUGUAGUGUGCUUGCAAUGGCUGCUGAAUGAGUGCAGACCAUAGGAAUAACCUUCAAAGGAAUUCAUCGUCAGUGGCCCACCUAGCAACAGUUGCACACUAUUAUGACAGGGUUUAACAGAUCCAUGCUCUAUGGCGUUCCAGUGCUGGUUGGUAUAGGUGUUGUUGCCGUCACCGCCAUUCUCGCCAAGAUCUUCCUGUUCGGAGACAAGAAGAAGAAGGCACCCAUAACUCUACAGGACCCCACGUUGAAAUACCCCUUCAAACUUGUGGACAAGGAGAUCAUCAGCCAUGACACCAGAAGGUUCCGUUUUGCCCUGCCUUCACCCGAACACAUCCUGGGACUGCCAAUAGGCCAGCACAUCUACCUGACUGCCAGGAUCGACGGACAGCUGGUCAUCCGUCCGUACACCCCUGUGUCCAGUGAUGAUGACAAGGGAUACAUGGACCUCGUUAUCAAGGUGUAUUUCAAGAAUGUCCACCCCAAGUUCCCCGAGGGAGGCAAGAUGUCUCAGUACCUGGAGAAGAUGGAAAUUGGAGAUUUCAUUGAUGUCCGUGGACCCAAUGGUUUGCUUGUGUACGAGGGGAGAGGCUGUUACAAGAUCCGUCCUGACAAGAAGUCCGAGUCGGAGACCAAGUUGGCCAAGAAGGUUGGGAUGAUUGCUGGUGGAACUGGUAUUACCCCGAUGCUGCAGUUGGUGCGCCAGUCCCUCAAGGACCCGGAUGACACCACGGAGAUGUGGCUGCUGUUUGCCAACCAGACUGAAGACGAUAUACUGCUGCGUCCCGAACUGGAGGAGAUCCAGAACAAGUAUCCCAGCAGAUUCCAUCUGUGGUACACCCUGGACAGGCCCAAGGAGGGAUGGAGCUACAGCAAGGGCUUUGUAAGUGAUGAGAUGAUCAAGAAGCACCUGCCCCCACCCAGUGAGGAAACCCUUGUCCUCAUGUGUGGCCCCCCACCCAUGAUCAACUUUGCCUGCCUCCCUAAUUUAGACAAGCUCAGCUACGCAACCAACAUGAGAUUCGCCUACUGAGAUGCUACAACCACCCAAGUCUUUCAUAUGCCCAGCUGGAAAAUCAGUCUGACGUCCAUGGGAAAAGAGAGGUCAUGGUGGAAAUAAACACAUCGCCUGUGUGCACUGCCGAUUUAAUUUUAUCAAAUUUGCAGAUUUAAUAGUUUAUGAUUUAUUUUUUUAGAAUUCAGCCUCAAGCAUAUUUAAAGAAAAGAUACACAUGCUUUUUAUAUUAUUUUUUCUUAAAAAAUACUCAUGCUGCAGUAUUAGUGUUGCAACAUCUGAUGCAGAUGAGUUCGUCUCAGAUUAAUGUGUGUUGGGCUUUCCACCGUCUUCCCAUCAAGAUCAGCGGUAGACACAUAUCGAACUUGUCAGCAGGUCAUGUCGGACCAGAUUUUGGGAGAAAAUGACAUCCCUCUAAAUUUUCAAUAGUCUCGAACUAAUUGACUGGUGGCUGUGUCUACCUCUGAAGAUGAUGCACAUGUCUUCUGGCACCCAUCCUGAAGGAGCUCCAGCAGGACAUCCAGGAGGAGAUCCAGAUGGACCCCUAUUGCUGACUUCUCUCCUUCAUCUGUCUUCCCCAUAUUUGGUCUGUACAGACAUGUAAUCUAGAAUAAUCAAUUUGUGUUGAACGCAUAGUAGGCAACUCUCUUUUGUCAGUGUAUAUUUGAAUUUUGUAGAAGAUGACAGAUUUUUACUACAGGGAAUUUGUCUUUUCUUCUGGACAAUAAGUUUAUGAAAUGGCAAUAAUCCAGCAUUAUGUUCAAUAUCUGUCAGGUGUUUCUUUUAUUUUCUAUCCAAGUUGGUGAUUAAAGAGAGCAGACGUGCUGUGUGUCUAACACUGAGACCUUAUUGGAAGCAUUUCUGUGAACACUUGUAGAAACUAUUUUGUCCUUGAUACUUUGUUGUGUGCUUGUAACCAGGAUGAAUGUUCUUUGAAGCAUUCCAAACAUCAUCCGUCCUCAGGGCAUGUCAACCACAAUCAGUGGGAAAGGAAACAGCAUAAUCACUGUGACCUUCACCUAAGUCUGUCCCAGUUUCAGAGUCCUCUCUCCAGAGGGCCUGAAAGUGGCAAGAUAGCAAUGUCUCUGUGAAGGUGGUUUGCAGCAGUAGUGCUGAGCUUAUUACCAGAGAUUUACGAGAGUCUUGGCUCUACAGCUGUUACAACAUACACUGAGAUAUGAGGCCUUGUAAUGUAGUGAGGGGCGGUGGGAUAGCCUAGUGGUUAAAGCGUUCACUCAUCACACCGAAGACCUGGGUUCAAUUCCCCACAUGGGUACAAUAUAUGGAGCCCAUUUCUGGUGUCGUCCCAUGCCGUGAUAUUGCUGGAAUAUUGCUAAGAGCGGCGUAAGACUAAACUCACUCACUGUAUAUUAUGUAGUGCCUGACAAUUUGAUGUUGGGGAAAUUGUUGGUAUUUCUUUAUUUUUAAAAAGUAUAAUUUUGCCUCAGGUUUUACACACAAAUUAUAACUGUUUGCUGGACAUGCCGGUUAUCCUGAAAAAUGAAGUGUUCUGUAAAAUAAGGAGAAUUGUCUCCCCUUUGAGAGGAAAGGAUUUGAUGACUUAACAAAGUCUUUGAAAAAAAUAUUCUUUUUUGAAACAUUCCCCUCCCCUUUUCAUCUCUUCCCCUCCCCGAUGAGCUGGUCAGCCCUUUAACACGGACAGAUGAUGUUUGGAUGUGGACGUAGACGUAGCAGGACUGUGUGUGCGUGUGGCCAUAACUGCCAUUAGUUUUCUUGUAUACUCGGAGAGUAUUUGUGUUUAUACCCAAUCAGUGAGUAAAGUGAUAUUCCCAAAAGUGCUAUAAACAUGUUAUCAGGCAUUGUGACGAUAUUGUAUGAAUCUGUAAUACCUGUCACUCAGGAUAUACUGGAACAGCAAAGUGGGGCUACAACAAUGGCUGGUAUCAAUACAACUAGUUGACGUCAGAUAUUACAGAAUGUUAACUGAAUUAUGUUAUACAUUCACUUGUUUGCUGCUUGUUUUUGAGGGUAUGGUAUAAGUUUCAAUUUGUCAGAGUUUUGCAUUAUCGGUAUAAUAUAUGUUAUUUCUUUAUUAGAAUUUUCUAUUAGCUAAUGUAAUCUUUUGCAUUUUUCAUAACCAGUUACUCUUUGAUACAUCUGAAUAAUAUUAUUUAGAUCUUUUUUUAAAAAAAUACCUUAUACAUAUGCAACAUUUUAUCAGCCUUUCAUUUUGUUUCUCAUAUGGAAUCAAGGAUGCUGAAUGUUUCCUUGUAAACAAAAUGAAGGGAUUAAUGUGUAGAAUAUAUUUGGAUAAAUUCCUGUUAUAUGAUACAAAAUAAUAUAAAUGUUACACAUGCUAAGAAGUGUCAUCCAUGAUAACAGUUGUUAUCAAAGAGUAUCUGUGCACACAUGUAUCUAAAGCCUGCAUUGGCACAAUUCAGAGCUUAAAGGAGAAGACUGCAGAAUAAAUAUCCUGUACACAUGUAACAGUGCUGUAAUAUUUGUUGAAGCCAUGCAAUAUUAUGUAAAAUGUGUAACAGUUCAAAGAUAAUUGAUGGCUGAAAUCUGCUUGAGAGCCAUGUUGGUGAGCCUGAAGUCUUGUGGAAAAGAAAUAAAAUUCUGUUAUCUUUUCA